AUGAAAUCGGCAAUCGGUGAGGGAAUGACACGUGAGGAUCAUUCGGAUGUCUCCAAUCAACUCUAUGCAUGUUAUGCAAUCGGCAAAGAUGUGCAGGCAAUGAAAGCUGUAGUUGGUGAAGAAGCGCUUUCGUCGGAUGACUUACUGUUCCUCGAAUUUCUCACCAAAUUUGAGAAAAAUUUCAUUUCGCAAGGGAACUAUGAAAAUCGAACGGUAUUUGAAUCACUGGACAUCGGAUGGCAACUGUUGCGCAUAUUUCCACGUGAAAUGUUGAAACGUAUCCCGGCCGCAACACUUGAUAAGUACUAUCCAAGGGGAGGAGCUGGGAAAGAUGCUAAAGAAAAAGGAGGGAAAAAUGAAGGUUUUUGA